AGAAAACCGGUUAAUUGGUUGUGGUUUGGAUUGGUUUAAAACGGUUAUAGAAAAAUGAUGGUAUUUUGGUAAAAUAGGCACUUGAGAAAAAGAGAAGAGAGGAGCCAUCUUAUCUGCUAUCGAGUGGGUAAGAAGAACCAGAAAACAGAAAAUGGCGAAUUCACUAUGCUUCUUCUCUUCUCCUCCUACUUUUUGCUUCCAAUCUCCCAGCAAAAACCCUAAACCUUCUCACUUCUUCUCAACUAAUGAUAACACCUCUUCCUUGGUCCAGAAGAGAGAACUGCUUCAGACUUCAAGAUCCCAAAGUUUUGAAGUUAAGGCCGCAAACAAUAAUCCUCAGAGCACUAAACCGAACAGUUUAGUUUGUGCAAAUUGUGAUGGGAACGGUUGUGUGGCAUGUUCUCAAUGCAAAGGAGGUGGUGUGAAUUUGAUUGAUCAUUUCAAUGGUCAGUUUAAAGCUGGUGCACUCUGUUGGCUUUGCAGAGGUAAAAAGGAGGUGUUGUGUGGGGACUGCAAUGGAGCUGGUUUCAUUGGUGGGUUCUUGAGCACCUUUGAUGAGUAGUUCAAAAUAGCUUCUUCUGGAUACUCAGAAACACUCUUUUUAUAAACUUUAGAAGAAGUAAAUCUUUCUCUCUAUCAAUGCUCUUCUAUACCAAAAACAUGUAUUACUAUUUGUUAUUGCACACCAAACUUUUAUUGUAUUGUUGUUUUUCAGAUCCUUCUCUCCUUUUUUUUGUCUUCUACAAAUUGAAAUAUUGUUAAAGUUUAUAGCACUUCUUUGGAAGUCUUGUUGAUGGCUUGAAAUGUUGAAAUGGUUAGGAGAAGAAUUAAUUACA